GGAUGUGCUUGAAUAUGUGAAAUCCAGGAAGUCCUGGAUAAGGGCCUUUCUUUAGAGCCUUGCUGUGCCCAGAGUCCCCUGGGCUCCCACGGGAUCCAUAAGGACUGCUGUAGCACAGGCUAGGGACAGAGAGGAGUCAUGACAUGAUGCUGGCUUCAUCCGCUAGCCUUUUGGAGAGAUCAUGCUUUGAAGUGGGAAACAAGCUCUUUGCCAUGGUUGGAGCAGGGGAAGAAAAAGCAUCCAAGAAACAUCCCCCAGUUGUUACCCUGAGGCAAUAAAUGAGGGUGACACAGAUGUGACCAUUAAAAUCCCACCCAGCCACAUGAGAUGGGGAAGGUCUGCAGAUACCCUGGUGUUGAAGUCAUACUGCAUAACACUGUGUGAUGGCUGUGGCCCCUCUGUGGGACAGAAAGCACCUAAAACCACACAUUUUAUUAUACCUGGGUACAGCAGAGUGUGGAGGGAUUUCACUGUGCUGUGAGCUGUGUAAGGGUGGCAAAGCUUUGGCUCCAGCCUGUGGGAAAGGCCUGUGCACUAAUAGCAUUUGUGCUGGGCUUUCCAUCCACACCAGGGUGUGCAUCCAUUACAGGGUUUUACUGCUGGCAGCAGUGCAGAAAUCCCUGCCAGGCAGAUCCUGCAGGCAUUGGGAUGAUCACUAGGUCCUGCUGCUGCCUCCCAGUAAUGACCCAGGGCUGAGCCUUAAGGGGAGCAGAGGGUUUCACUUGAGAGAUGUUUAGCUGAUCACAAAAUAGGACCUGCCUCAGGCUCAGGACUGAGUUUAGAAAACAAAAUUUAAGUAGCCAGCUUUUGGCUAAAGUUGUCUUUUUAAUGAUGAAUGUUCAUCCAAGGUUUUCACCAUUCCCUCCUGCUUGUGAUUUUAGGUCAGUCACUUCCUUUUUCCAUAAAUAUUUUCUUUCCUUUUCCUUAAUUGCUUCUCCAUCUCUUCCCAUCAGGGGAGGCUGUUGGAGGACUUUCCCUUCCCUAAGCCUCAGCAAGGCGUUUAGCACAGGGAGGCCUUGAUCUCACAUUAACACCACUGGUGAUUAAUGCAGGUAACAAAAUGCACAAUUUCAGCCUGUCCAGGACAGCUUUGGGUGGAAGGGAUUUCCACUGGAUUUCAGGCAGGAAAAGGAAAAUACAGCCCCAAUCUGUGCUGCUGAUCUUGGGCAGGAAGGGGUGAGCUCAGCACUUUGCAGAGCCCUGGAGUCACCCAGAGCAUCAGCUCCAGCACCGCAAGAGCUGCCGUGUGCAUUGUGUGCGCACCGGGAGAGCCGCUGGCGUCCUGGCAGGGCUGCUCUGCUGAGCUGGGCUGCGCUUCCCUCCUUCGGAUGUGGGUUUUGUUCUUCUGGACAAACACACCAGGCACAACAACAAAAAUAAUCCCCCCUUUUCCCACUGCUGCCGGCGCUGGGGCUGUGUGAACCAGCAGCCAGCUGCGGUCGCAGCGCGGUCCCCGGGGCCUCGCUUGCCAGCGCUGCUGCAGGGUCAGGGGUUAUUUGCACAGAGAAGUGCCUGGGAAAGAGAUGCUUCCCCUUUGCCAGGAGAGGAAAAGGCCACCAGAGUGGGACUGCCUCGACUGGUGAGCUCUGGUGUUAGGGCAUGGGGUGGACUUGAUGAUCUUGAAGGUCUCUUCCAACUUAGUCAUUCUGUGAAUUCUGUGAAUUCUCUGCUGAUGUCAUGGCUCUCACUUUAUCGCAGCACUUGUUGGUAAAAGCCUGCAGGGGAGAGGUUGGCUGGAGCCUGGUGAGCUCCUGGGGUGCUCAGGAGGGAGGAAGGGCUCUGUCUGCCAUCAAGCCUUGCAUGGAGCACAUGGGGCAGGGCUUACCCUCUCCAGUGCCAGGAGCUGCUGUGUGAGGUGGCAGCAGCUGCUCCAGGUCAGCCUGGUGGGUGUGAAGGGGCCAAAAGCUCGCUCCAAAUCUGUGUCCCCAUGUGCUGUCAGGGCAGUGGGGUCAGCCAGCAUCCUGGUGUGAAUCCCUGCAAGCGUGUCCACACGUGCAGCUGUCUUCAUGUGUGACUGAAAUGUGUCUCUUUCUCCCAGAGACCUCCAUCAAUGAAGACCCCAGCCCUGGGUUUCAUGUUGCUCUGAGCCCCUGCCCUCACCUGGCUGGCCCUGCUCAUGAUGGCCCUGUGCCUCAAGCAAGUCUUCAACAAAGACAAAACAUUCCGUCCCCGGAAGAAGUUUGAGCCGGGCACGCAGCGCUUUGAGCUGUACAAGAAAGCCCAGGCCUCGCUCAAGUCCGGGCUGGACCUGAAGGCGGUGGUGCAGCUGCCUCCCGGCGAGAGCAUCAACGACUGGAUCGCCGUGCACGUGGUGGACUUCUUCAACCGCAUCAACCUCAUCUACGGCACCAUGUCAGAGUACUGCACCGAGAGGAGCUGCCCCAUCAUGUCUGGGGGGCUCAAGUACGAGUACAGGUGGCAGGACGACAGCAAGUACAAGAAGCCGACCAAGCUGUCGGCCCCGCAGUACAUGUGCAUGCUGAUGGACUGGAUCGAGAUGCUCAUUAACAAUGAGGACAUCUUCCCCACCAGGAUAGGUGUUCCCUUCCCCAAGCAGUUCCAGCAAGUUUGCACCAAGAUCCUCACCCGCCUCUUCCGCGUCUUUGUCCACGUCUACAUCCACCACUUUGACAGCAUCAUCAACAUGGGUGCUGAGGCUCACGUCAACACCUGCUACAAGCACUUUUACUAUUUCAUCAGGGAGUUCAGCCUCAUUGACCACCGGGAGCUGGAGCCCUUGAAAGAAAUGACAGAACGAAUUUGCCACUGAAGUCUUCUGGCAGAUGAACUCAGCUGGCUCACUCAGAGUCCAGUGGGACAAGACACCCUGUGGUGGGAGACCUCCUCCCUGGGACUUGCUCUGGGCAUUCCAGCUCCUGUGAACACUGCAGAAGAGCCUCUUCAGGCUGGGGCUGAAUCCUAAAUUCUCUAAGAACCUCUGGACAGAUUUUUCUUCUUUAACCAAUCUCUGUUGUAUGGUUCCUGUGUUAGAAAGCCACUGACUUACUGGAGAAUGAGGCAAGUCUGGUUUAGUCCUAAAAGGUUUACUUUUGCACACUCUGAUUUCUAAGACUCAAUCCCAUGUCUGACAUCAAAUUUUCAGUGACCUUCCCUCUUGUUUUGUCCUCAGCUAUAUUGAUCUCCAAAUAUUUUGUUAGCAAUUCCUGCCGGUGAGCAGGUCUGACCUUGGCCACCAGGUAAUGCCUGUUACCUUUCCCACAGCAGUGGGUUUGUGGUAACACCUGAGAUCAGCCCUGCAAAGCUGAUGGCAUUUCAUCCCACUGCCUUCACAUGGUUAGUUGUUGAUGUGCUGUUUUUAGCCAUGAGCUAUGAAUGUCUCCUCCUGCCCUAAUUCAUGGUUUACCUAAGGAACCAUUUUUCCCUUCAAGGGAUUUUUCACAUUCGGAAGAGGGGACUUGGUGAUGUUCUAAGAUGCAUCCAAUGCUGCUUGGACUAAUGGCAAGUGGUCCCAUGACUGAGGAGGUGAACUAGGUCAGUAUUCAGUGUGAUCAGCACAGUCUACCUGAGAAAGUCUCAAAAAGUGGUGAAAAGAAACUCUUGGCAGAAAACAUUUCAACAUGUCAGCAUUUCCUGAUGUGUUGUCUUGGCUCAAGAUGGGCAAAUGCUGGUUGUAGAAAACUGUUGGUUUUCCAUUACCCAACCUUACAGCAGGUGAAGGAGGACUCCUAAGAGAGAUCUCCUCUACUCUGUUCUCAAGGUCUCCUUCCAACCCAAUAUUAUUCUGUGAUUCUUAAACCUUUUUGACCAUCUGCAAGCAUACUAUUGCUACCUGGUCUGUGCCUUUACUCCUCUGAAAUGUAUCAUGUCUCACAAUUACCUCCCCUUCGGCUUUCAGUGCCUGAUAAUUAGUGUUGUGUUCCCUGUGCCAUUUUAAUUUUGACAAAAAUAUUUUUAUUUUUCCUUUUUUAUUGUUUUGGGGAGUGAACAUCAAUUUGUCUGAGCCACAGAAUUGUUAUGUUUGUGUUUCCUGCUCUUUUUCUGGGAAAGUUUUCUAUAUCUGACACAGAUAAUAUUUAUAGUCUGGGGUUUGCCCACUUUUGGGGUAGGGAGGGGAUGUGGAUAGAAAAUGUAAAUGUUUGGGACAACAUUAAAGUGCACAAGUGAAUUUUUAGUGCUCAAAGCACUUAUUUUGUUGUGAAAAUCUAUUUUUUUAAAUCUUGUGUACCAGACGUAUAUUUUUACAUAGAAAUAAAACAGACCAAAAUGGAUACAAAACCACCUGAUACAUCAUUCCAAUAUUCUCUGUGUAAAAUAAUCAAAGUCCAAACAUAUUUGCUCUGUUACUAAUUAAAGAAACAUUAAU